AUGUCGGCCGAACUUGUGCAGUUAGAGCCGCAGACCCAGAAGCUGGGCGAGGGCGGCUUCGGCGCCGUCUACAAGGUGGCCGACGCGUCCGGCGAGUAUGCGCUCAAGGUCGAGGCCGUCAACGAAGAGUGCCAGGUGUUGAAAAUGGAGGUGUUCGUGCUGCAGGAGCUCGGCAAGCGCGGGGGCCGUCAUUUCUGCAAGAUCUACGACAAGGGGCGGUGGGAUACAAAAGCUUUCAGCUAUGAAAACACUUCCGUUUCGGCACGUUCAACUUCGUGG